CUCUGUGCCUUUCAAACAGUCCUCGCAUUUUUUAAAUUGGAUCUAUACAUUUUACAUUCUAAAAGUAUUAAGACAAUGGGUGGCAUCGUGAAGAAAUUACAUAAGGAUGUAGAGGCUGCAAUUAAAGAUGGAAGAACAAAAGGAUUAAAUGAGGGUAUAGGCGAAUGUCGGGAAUAUUAUAGAAACCUCGAAGGACUGUAUGAUAAUAGAGUUACUGUACACAUAAAGUAUUGUUAUAAGCUAGCCGAUAAUACAAAGAGUAUGCCGGAUGCAAAAAAAUGCUAUGCUGAAAAUAUUUCAGAGAUAGAAGAACAUGAAAAGACAGAACGUCUUAAUACUAUUAAAUGCUUUCAAAGACAGUAUGCUGCACAGCAUGGCCUAGGAGACGGACAACACCCACCUAUACUACUGUGA